AUGGACUUGGACAUCGCAUAUCUCGAUCCAAAAUCCAUUUAUCAGAAAAGCAAACGAGCUCUUGAGAAUAAGGGUUACCAUAGUCAUUUGUCACUACAGCUGUACGGGGAUAAUAGUAUUCUCUCUGGGAAAGAUAUGAUGGAUAAAUAUGCUGAAGCUGGAAUCUUGGACAGUUAUCUAUGGGCAUUGAACAAUCCUGGAGAAUCGAAUUUGAUGCUACUCUCAAAAGACAUCAAACAAGACACAUGGGGGAUGAGGUUACUUACAUUUUUGCAUAGGAAUGAUUGCUAUAUUCUCUUAGGGGAGCCUUUAUCAGAGUUUACAGUUCCUUCUGAUAGUGCUGAAUGGAUUUGGAAAAGCCUAUCAGAUUGAGGAAACCCUAGCUUACACAAAGCUAAUAGCAUCUUUGUAAUCUACUUAAGUGGAAGUAAGCAAAUGUUAAGAUGCUUUAGUAAAAUUAUAUAGACAAUGGUUGUACUCCU